AUACAGGCUUGACCUUUUGCCCCUAGUCAUGAGGAACUAGCUAGCUGCACUCUUUAAAGUCUUGUGAUGUGUUGUGCAGGUGCUGCAGCUGGCUGAGUUCUCCUCCAGCAGGAGGAGAGGUUUUGGCUACAGUCUUGCUGGUGGGAAAGACGUCGAUGGUAAUGGAUAUCCAGACCUCUUGGUGGGGGCGCCCAUGUCAGAUGCUGCCUUCUUCUUUAGGACAGCACAGGUGCUGCAGCUUCAGGUGUCAAUGUUUGAGUUUAGCACCAGCCAGGUGGACCUUCAGGAGAGGAACUGCCUGGAGGAGGGUGAGGAGUGGGCACUCCGCGUGUGCUUCCACCUCCGUGUUCAGCUGGGUGUUCUGGGCCACCAGGGCAAGUUUGAUAUAGAAGUGAGAGUGCAGGUGGUACUGGACGGCAACUAUCCCCGUCAAAGGAUCUUCUUCAGAGACUCCACCAGUCAGCAUGUUCAGGAGACAGUCCACAUUGUAAAUAGGAUCCACCAGCUUGAGUAUCACAUCUAUGCUGAGGUCAGACCAUUAGAAUUUAGUUUUAGUCUUUGCUAAUAGUUUAGAGAGGAAAUAAACCCACGAUAAGUUGUAAUGAAU